AGCCACAAGGCGGGAGAGCGGAUGAGUCAGUGAGCGUUGGACUCCCCCGCCCGCCCAAACUUCCUCGGGUGGGUCGGUGGGCAGUGGGGCUCUUCGGAUUAUGCGGCUUCAAAUUUUCCUCCCCGAUCACUAGUGCAGUGCAAAGGGUGGGAGAUGCUUUCGCCUAACCAGAGUGCGCUGAACUGCAGCGGGGAGGUCGCCGCAUGGGCUCUGUGCGGUGAGGAAGGGGCUUUCUAUCAGUGGGAGGCAGCCGGCCGCUUCCCGCUCGGUCCCACCGGCCACCUGGUCGCCGCUGUGUGCCUGGGCGCCAUCGGGCUGAUGGGCUUCACCAACAAUUUCCUGGUGUUGCUGCUCUUCUGCCGUUACAAAGCGCUGCGCUCGCCCGUCAACCUCCUUCUCGUCAACAUUUCGCUCAGCGACCUGCUCGUCUGCACCCUGGGCACCCCCUUCAGUUUCGCCGCCAGCACCCAGGGGCGCUGGCUCAUCGGGGAAGUGGGCUGCGUUUGGUACGGAUUCGCCAAUGCCGUCUUCGGCACUGUAUCGCUAAUAUCUUUGGCUAUACUUUCAUACGACCGUUACAUUACAAUUACUGGGGUGACAGAAGCGGACAGAACAAACUACAGAAGUGCCUUUGCCGGAAUUUCAAUUUCUUGGAUCUAUUCAUUAAUAUGGACAGUGCCACCUCUACUUGGAUGGAGUAGCUAUGGUCCUGAGGGACCAGGGACCACAUGCUCUGUUAACUGGUAUUCAAAAGACAUUGCCAAUGUAUCUUACAUUGUGUGUCUCUUCAUCUUUUGUCUGGUCAUUCCCUUUCUGGUGAUAAUCUACUGCUAUGGAAAGAUGCUGCUGGCAGUGAAGAAGAUAAGAGUAAGUAACUCCACAGGACGAGGAAGGGAGUAUAAGGUGUUGUUCAUGGUGACAUGUAUGGUGGUCUGCUUCCUGCUCUGCUGGUUACCCUAUGGAAUUGUGGCACUCAUGGCAACUUUUGGACAUCCUGGCUUGAUCACGCCAUCUGUCAGCAUUAUCCCAUCAAUCCUUGCAAAGAGCAGCACUGUCUACAACCCCAUUAUCUACGUAUUUCUAAAUAGACAGUUCUACAAGUGUUUUAAAGCACUUCUUACCUGUCAGAAUUUGCCUCUUGGUUUAAGCACCAGAAGUCUCUCUAAGACAAUAAAAAAUGACCGUACCAAGCAGAAGAACUACAAUACUAGCUUCAUAAUGGCCUCCAGAGCUCCACGGACAACUGCCAAUCAAAAUCAGUCUGACAGCAUUCAAGGUGGCACAAGCAAAGAACCUACUCAGUGA